AUGCUGCCGCAUCAGCUGAAGCGGGCUGUCGCCGAGGCAGAGGCGCAUGCAGCGGCGCAGGCCGGUGCCCAGGGCGGAGACGGCCGAGGCGAGGCCUUGCCUGCGGGAGAGGCCGACAGGCUUCGCCAGCUUCAAAAAGAUCGCGCGCAACUUCAGCUUCGAAAACUCCAGGCCGAUGCGGGUUUGAUUUCGAAGCAAGCAGCCGUGGUGGCCGCCGCUGGCCUCGAGUGGCUGUACGAUCAGCCCAAGGGGAGAGAGGCGCAAGAGGCUGAGCGGGAAGCGUACCUUCUAGGGAAGCCGAUCGCGGCCCCCUCGGCGUCUUCCGCGUCGGCGUCGCGCGCGGAACAAGUCGCUGCGGCGCGAGCGGGUGGGCGAGACGCGCGGCGCGGCGAGGUGAAGAGUGCCGCCUUGUUCCUGCCAACAGGGGCGCUGCUGCGCGCGAGCGACGACACGCUUCGGAAGCUGAGAGAAGAUCCGCUGUUUCUGAUCAAGCAGGCGGAGGUCACGCAGAAGAAGAUCAAGGAGGCGAACCCGAUGCUGCGACAGCGGGAGCAGGAGCGAAGGGAGAGACAGCGCGAGGAAGAGGAGGCGAAGCGGCGAAAGCGAGAGCGGAAGGAGGCUCGCAAGCUGAGGAAGCAGAUGAAGAAGCAGAGAAAGCGGAGGCGGCGCGAGGCGGACGAAGAGCGAUGGCGAGAAGAGAGGAGACACAGGAGAUCGCGCAGCGACUCAGACAGCAGCGACUCAGACAGCAGCAACGAAGAUACGGAACAGCGAGACGAGAGGAGGGAGAGAGAACGGCCGGAGCGGCGGUCCCCCCACAAGGGUGAAGCUAGGCCGCGGCUUCCCGUCAAAGAAGAGCCUCUUCCGGUUCAAGUCAAACGCGAACCGUCUGCGUCUCCCCCUCGGUCUUCUGCCUCGGCUGGAGAAAACGGCGCGCCUGCAAACACAGCGACGACGCGGAGGCUCUACGGGCCCGCGCGACCCGACGUGGCCGCGAUUCAGACAGAGGCCUUUGGAGUCACGGACGAGAUCGCGCCGCCUGCCGCCAUCCAGGAGAAAGCGCGCGCGCUUCAGGAGCAGCGCGAGGCUCAGCAAAAGGCGGCGGUCGCGGCGCGCAACGCGGCGAUUGACCAGGCAGUGAGAGAGAGACGAGAACAGGAGCGGAAGAAGUCGCGGAGUGGAGACGAACGGUCCGAGGGCCGGAGCGAGGCGGCAGACAAGCUCCAGGAGAUGAAGGAGGCAGGCCUGAGGCACGAGGCGGACAAGGCCCGAAAGCACGAAUUGCUGACGAUGAAGGAGACGCUCCAAGCGCAGUUGGAAGAAAAAUGGAGAGUGAAGACUGAGGGAGGUGAACUGUUCAACUCGAUGCAGCGUCAGGCCUUCUUCAGCGAAGGCAAGACUGUGGAAGACUUCCUGCAGAGACGCAGGGCACGACGGAGGAAGGGAGCAGACGACGAUGACAUCCUUGCGACAAAUGCCGAGCAGCGAUGA